CAUGCGGAAAUGGACUGUUGGAGAAACGCGCGCUGUGUACUUUGUGAAAGGUCCGAGGAGACGAAGAUAACCGGACCUUUAUCCACCAAGAAAUCAGUUACUGCCCAUCAGCACUGUCUGCUUUAUUCCUCUGGCAUUUGUUGCCAGAAUUCACCGCUGUACGAUGAUUUGUUUGGUUUUUCUGUGGAGGAUGUGGCCAUUGAGGUGAAACGUGGAAGAAAACUGUACUGUGACAAAUGUAGGAGCAAAGGUGCCACUGUUGGGUGCGAACUCAAGCGCUGUAAGAAGUCCUACCACUACCCAUGUGCCAUUGAGCAGGGAGCCGAGAAUGUAGAAAAUGAAGAAGAGGGAACAUUUGUGUUGUAUUGCCGCAAGCACAGACCUGGAAGAGACGAAACCAGCGAUGUCAACAGUAGAUCCAACUCUUCUAUGGGAGAACCUGAGGCUUCUGUAAACCACAAUGAGGCCGAAUCACAUAAGGUGGUUUGCCGUGUCUGUGACAAGAAAGAAGAAAGCAUCAGUCUGGAGAAUUUUAAUAGUGAUAUUGUGAAUUUGUACUGUGAUGUCCAUAAGCCUUCAUCCCAUCCCGAGGCAGUAAACGAACAUGAGGCGGUGGCUGGACCAUCAUCUGACAGAGGUGAAUCCCACACACCCAAAAGAUACAACCAUUUGAAGAGACAUUCGAGUUCUACUGACAAAUAUGUGUGCACUCCCAAAAGAAAACUGAAGAGGAGAAUUUUGGAUGACCCUUCAGACUCAGGUGAUGAAACCGAUGUGGGAAUCUUUGCCCUGCUAGAGUCGGACAUAGACAGCAACAGAAAGUCAGAUCCAGCCGACAGAGCCCUUGAACCUCAGUCAGUCAGAGCCGAUGCAGAGAAACCCGCAGCCUCCCCUCCAGGAAAUCCGCCUGUCCACCGGAGCAGAAACGGAAAAAGAGGAGAAGAAGGUGAAACCAUCCUUUAUUCAGCCCUUGAACCUCAGUCAGUCAGAGCCGAUGCAGAGAAACCCGCAGCCUCCCCUCCAGGAAAUCCGCCUGUCCACCGGAGCAGAAACGGAAAAAGAGGAGAAGAAGGUGAAACCAUCCUUUAUUCAGCCCUUGAACCUCAGUCAGUCAGAGCCGAUGCAGAGAAACCCGCAGCCUCCCCUCCAGGAAAUCCGCCUGUCCACCGGAGCAGAAACGGAAAAAGAGGAGAAGAAGGUGAAACCAUCCUUUAUUCAGAUCCAGAAUCAGAGAGUCUUUUGAGGCCCCAGACCAUCUGUAUAAGUCCAGGGUCCAAAACAACAGGGGCCGAUUUGCCACAGAGUCCUGGUUCUAUGCGAUCUCCUGACCCGAACCCCGCUGGGCCGUCUGGUGGACAGGAAAAUUCAGCUGGACCCGCUAACUUGCCACCACCCAGUGCUUCAUGCUCUAAAUAUUGUACCAGCACCCCUGUUACUCCUGGAAAACAUGAAAACAGCAACAACACACCCAGUCCCCUUCCUCCUGUACACCCCUCUACCUCUCCCACCCUAACCCCACCCUCAGCCCUGACCACAACCCUGCUCCCCUGCACAUCAUUCCCUCUACCCCACCACUCCGCCUGGGCUUCAGACCCGCUGAUCAGCAGCGACGCGGUGGCCUUUUGGAAAUCCUGCAACCAGGCUGCAUGCACGCAGGCUAUCUUCUCUGACUUCAUCAAUGACAUGAAUGAUAUUUCCUGCAGGAUUCAGUCGGACCGGGCCAGCCAGGAAGAUUAUGUUACUGCACUGAGAGUGAUGGAGGCUUCGGGGAAACUCUCCGAGCUGGUGGCCAAGCAAGAGGAAGAACUGAAGCAGAAGCAAGCGGAGCUGCAGAUGGCGGUGGCAGCCAUGGAGAAAGCCAGAUCAGUUUUGAGACGAGACACAGGCCAGGACUCAAGACUAUAGACCAUGAAUUCAGAUACGUUAUGUAUUUUUAUGAUUUAUUUGUCAUAUUACUCUGUUCAUGUUUGAAAUGACAGUUUUUGUACAAUGUUGAUUUAUAUUUUUAUAAUUUUGUACUUCUUUUUUAACUAUAUACACAUUUUUUUUAUCAAUGGUUUAUUUAGAGUAAUUAAACCCUAGAUCAUUUUAGUGAGUUUUGAUAUAUACAGGUUAAAAACCAGCAAGUAAAGGUUAAAAACAUGGGAGGCUGGUCUUGGUACUCUGUGAUGUUAGCAUAGAAGGGUAAACACAGCUGCAGAUAAUAACAUUAAUAAUGGCUCUGUUUGAUUUAAGUGUGCCAAAGAAUAGCAUUGGCAGUACUGUUGACAACUGUUAAAACCUGGAAGCACUGAGAGCGUUUUUGACAUCCUUAUUUUUUGUUGCGUCUUCUUACACACUGCGGGCAUCAACAGACCACUGAUCAACCCAACUGUCUUAUAUUAUUCAAAACAUUGUAUGGAGAGUAAAGGAAAAAAACUCAUGUUGAGUACAGUUGCGAGAUGAUUAUUAUUAUUAUUAUCCCGUCCUUGCCAGAUUGGAGCGACAGCUUGAAUGGUCAGGCAGUCCACAGAUUUGGCAAGGAAGGGAGCGGUUAUGUUGACCUAAUGUUAGUCUGUGUGUUUUCUUGCUAAAAAUGCAAUCAUGACGGUUGUUAUGUGCGCUCAAGUUUGAUGCAGUGGACUUGUGGCAGGCAGGCUGCUGUCCCCUAUCGGCCGGUAACGUCACUGCAUAUUGGCGGCACAUGUUAAUCAUUAGGGGUGGUGGUGGGGGGGGGGUCGAUUCUUAGAUGCAUCGAGAGUCUCAUAAAAGAUUGUCUCGAUGUAGAGAACUCUAUAAUCGGAUAUUUAAAGCUCAAUUCUUGACUGGGCUGUACGCUCCUCCUUACGGCUGCCGCUGAACCAACUGGAUGGUGAAACGUAACGGACCCGGCCACGGCCAGAGCGUCCACGGGGUAAGGCAUUCAUUAGGCCUCCCUUACCCGAGGGAUAGUGGGUGUAGAUCGGUGUACUGUUCGGGGACUCGUCGUUCUCCAGCGACCCCUCUGGCCCACCCGGGCGCCUGCAGCCAAGCAACUGAACGCAUUCUCCCUACGCCUCCUUCGCGGCCUGAAGGUGACGCAAUCCAUGCGAGGCGUCAGCGUGUAAAAUAGCACGAGCAGCCGACACGAGUUUGAAGGAAGCUGGUGUUACGCCUAUCUCCUUCCUGUGGAAACGUGAGCCAGGGGAGUUAUUCGGCAAGAGUUCCGGCCAUAUGCCAUUGGGUUAAUCGGGUGGGAUAAGGGGAAAAACUAGAAAUAAAUUUAUAAUAAAACAUGAGCGUCGUGUUUACGUUCGAAGCUAGGCUACUUCUUCAGUUUUGGUGAGGAUGGCUGAGCAAGAGCAACCGAAGUUGGAUCCAAUCCGACCGGCACCUUCUGGCUUAAAAACCGGCGUAUGGAAGCAUUUUGGCUUCUAUGACGCUGAAGAGAGAAGGGACCUGGACAAGAGCCACACUGUAUGCAAGCUGUGUCUAACUAAAAUACAAUAUUUGGGGAACACAACAAACAUGAGAAACCAUAUUUCCCUUUUCCACCCGGCGUUGGAGGAAAAACAGCCGGUUGUAGUUGCUGCCAACCAGAGAACAGCCGGACAUGUGAUAUCGACGCUUCCACUGACCCCGGAGAGGGCGAAGCGAAUCACAGAGUCGAUCGCAACUUUUAUUGCCAACGAUUUGCGCCCCUACUCGGCCACUGAGAACCGGGGCUCUCGCGCUGUGCUGCACACUUUGGAGCCGAGGUGCCACGCCCCACCUCGGCGUUUUUUCACCGGCACAGCGAUGCCCACAGAUCCACACUCUGCGACGACACCAAAACCAACGCCAUGGACCCAUUGAGGAGAAAGCGGGUAGGAUAGCAAUAGCGUGCCAUGCGUGGACAUCCGUUGCUACCGCAUCUCAUGUCACCAUAACUGCGCACUUUAUCACUGAUGACUGGCAGCUCGCGUCUCACGUGCGGGGGAUCAUAGUUGCUGCACAGCGGAGCACACUUGCACCGAGGCAUGUAGACCAACUCCCGUUCUUACACUAAGACUUGCACAUUCCAGCGUUCACCAGCUACGCAGAUUCGCUAUGUUGCACUUCCAUGCGUUUCCAGGAUUGCAUUGUGGCCUAUUAUUUGUAUUUUCUCCGUUAUUUAUUGUUUUGCCACACAUUCCACAGAAAGCGUUAGUUUUGUGUGAGAGCUGGUACAGAGUUCUAUGUUGUUUUUGUAUGAAAGCUGUUUAUGAUUUUAAUGUGUCACGGUUUUUAUUUAUUUAUUUAUUUUUGUCUGAGAGAUUCUGUGCUUAUUGCCCAUUACAGAAGUCUUGCCCAUGUUAAUUUACAACAAGGAUGCUGCUACAGGCACACUUCUUUUCUUGUUGGUUCUUUGCAAUCCUGGGAAACACGACCUUUCAGUUGACACAUCUAUUUGUUACUGUAUUAAUAAAAGAUAAUGGAAGUAAAUA